UGAUCGUGGAGAAGCUUGAACCUGGAAUGGUUAGCUUGCCGGUGAUGGAUCUCGCUACCGUAUGCACCACGUGGGGACGUGAAACAAGCAGUAAGAUAUAGGAGAGAUAUGAGUGGCCAACAGUCAUGUUCUAGAAAAUGUUGCCCGGGAUAUAUAAUAAAGUCGACCGCCUUUCAGUAGGUUGGGUUGCGAGUUUUAUGUCCUAAACAUAUUGACGGCCGUAUUCAAAAUGGAGGCCAUUCAGCGUCUUCUACCCCAGGGACUGCCUGUAUCACUUCAAGUGGUCAUUGCCACCCUGGUACUUGGCUUCAUCUACUCGCUAGUCACCGCAGACCGACCUUUUGCUGGAUUUCCGGUCAUAACAGUUGAUGGACAGAGUCCAACGAAAAGUUGGCUAUGGCACGGCAGAAAAGCUGUGACCGAAGGCGUAAAACGGUUUUCCGGGCCAUUCCAAAUCAUGACAGGAACGGGUCCGAAGAUUGUCUUGCCCAAUAGAUUCGCUGACGAGCUUCGUAACCACCCCUCGUUGAACUUCAACAAGGCCUUUGCUAAAGAUUUUAUGGUGAAUUAUCCAGGAUUCGAAGCUCACCGACUAGGCCUACGUGACGAGUCUCUGAUUCAGGAUACGGUACGAAUCAAGUUAACUCAAUCACUCAACUUGAUUACGGAUGACCUGGUCGACGAAACAGCAGCAUCACUCUACGAUGUCUUCGGUGACAACAAGGAGUGGACCACCAGGCUCAUUAGAGACGACAUUCUUGAAGUUGUCGCUCGACUUUCAUCAAGGGUAUUCUUAGGCAAAGAACUAUGUCGGAAUCGGAGAUGGCUUGAUAUCUCGAAAUCAUAUACCGUGGACUCAUUUCUUCUCUCGCGUCUAAUGAGAGCUGUUCCUUGGUUUAUACGUCCCAUCGUUUAUGUAUUGCUCCCGCAAUCAAGAUCUCUCCGCCACGCCGUUAGAGAUGCACGAAAGCUCAUCAACCCCGAGGUACAACGCCGUAAAGCCGCUGUUGAUGCAGCGCAUGCGGCGGGCGAGAAGCCCCCGAAGGUCGCGGACACAAUCGGCUGGAUGUAUGAGGUUGCUAAAGGACGCGAUGCCGACUUCGUCGCAGGGCAGCUUUCGCUGACGAUGGCUGCUAUCCACACGACUACGGAGACGACUUGUUCAGCGCUACUUGACAUCUGCGAAUAUCCCGAUGUGGCUCAGCAGCUUCGACAGGAGAUCAUCGAGGUCAUUGGCGAGCACGGGUGGGCAAAAACUUCUCUGUACAAGCUUAAGCUUAUGGAUAGCUUCCUCAAGGAGGGUCAACGAAUCACGCCUAUGGGCAUAACCACUAUGAACCGAUACGUAGAGAAGGACUUGGAACUCUCUGACGGAACCGUAUUACCGGAGGGCUCACGCAUCGUAGUAGCGAGCAACUUCAUGGAUCCAACUAUUUAUCCCGAGCCCGAGAAGUUUGAUGCCGCCCGGUUCUUAAAGAUGAGGCAACAACCCGGCCAAGAGAACAGCUGGCAAUUUGUGACCACUAGUCCGGCCCACACUCUUUUUGGACACGGGCAGCACGCAUGUCCCGGCCGGUUUUUUGCAUCGAACGAGGUAAAGAUUGCCCUAUGCCAUCUAUUACUUAAAUACGAUUGGCGGUUCAUUCCAGAGGAGGGUCGACCAGCCCCGCGAGUCCUCGAAGGUAUCAACGCCGUCGACCAGAAGUCGAGGAUCCAAGUGCGACGGAGGAAAGCAGAAAUCGACCUUGAUGACUACUGAGCGGAUUGUCUUGUAGAGCAUCGCGUCAUGUCGAACAUUUCUGUAUUGUAUUGCCCAUACCCCUGAAAGUACUUAUACCCGAUUAUUUUUGGGAACCCGGCGCCGCUAUAAAGAUAAAUCGUUAGCAUUACUUAUAAUAUAAUUUUAUAUCUCUUGUGUGUUUCUGUUGGUAAUU